AUUUUUUUAUUCUCGUGCUUUUUCCAACACAUACAUAAACGAUGCUCGAUUUAUUCACCAUCUUGACCAAAGGCGGGUUUGUCUUGUGGCAAAAAACGUUUACACCUAUUCAAGGUUCUCCCGUGCAAGACCUUAUAAAGAAUGUCUUGAUUGAAGAACGGUCGGGAACGGAUGUUUAUUACAAGGACCAUUAUGCUUUAAAAUGGACGUUGGCCAAUGAACACGAUGUGGUCUUUGUCGUAGCCUAUCAAAAGAUAUUACCACUUACCUACAUUGAUGAAUUACUGGAGACCGUCAAACGCUUAUUCUUGAGUCGAUGGGAAGGUACCGAUGCCGACUAUACAACAUUUGGUCCCAUCUUUGAUAAAGUGUUGGCUCAAAUUGAGGAAAAAGGAAGUCAAGGACGACAACGUGCACCUCGUAAAUUUGAAAAUACCAAAAAGUUUGAGACUUCAUUAAAGGGUUCUCAAGCACAAAAUACGGGUGCACUUCCUGUUCAUGACGCUCAUGCCGUGGAUGAAGAUGAAAUUACAAAAAAUAUCAAGGCGUUGAAACUUCAAGGAAGUCCACGACCUGGUGGAAAAGGACGUAAAGUGAUCAAAUCCAAUAAAUCCACACCCGCUCCUUCACCCAGCAUGAAUGAUGAUGCAACAGGAAAGAAAAAGAAAUCACAAAAACAAGCACGUGUAUGGGAUGGACAGAUAGCCAAGGGAGAAAUGGAGGCACUGGAUUAUUCCAAGGCAGGUGAAUUGGAGGAUGAAGAGAACGUGGAUACCAUUGCUGCUCAAUUUGUGGAUGCAUCUAAACUGGGACAAAAGAACGAAAAGGGUAUUUAUCAAGUACAAGAUGUCUUGCAAGCCAGUGACGAUGAGCUUGACUUUGAUGAAGAGGACGAUGAAACAACAACAACAAAGGGAAAUACAUCAGGCUUGUUUUCUUACUUUAAAUCAUUCACAUCCGGAAGAGAAAUGACGGCAGAGACAUUGGAUCCUGUCAUGGCAACGAUCAAGGAACACUUGAUUACACAAAAUGUAGCUACUCAUAUUGCAGAGCAUUUAUGUCAAAGUGUUCGUACUAGUUUAUUGGGUAAAAAAUUGGGUAAUUUUGAAAGAAUUUCUACCGCUGUGCGAAAUAGUAUGGAAACUGCAUUAAAACGUAUCUUGACUCCCAAGACCUCGUUGGAUAUUUUACGUGAUAUUGAACAAGCCAAAUCAGAAAAGAGACCAUAUACCAUGUGCUUUAUUGGUGUCAAUGGUGUUGGCAAGUCGACAAAUUUGAGUAAAGUGUGCUUUUGGUUGUUACAGAAUAACUACAAAAUUUUGAUUGCAGCAUGUGAUACUUUCCGUAGUGGUGCUGUUGAACAAUUACGAGUGCAUGCACGUAAUUUACGUGCACUUCAAACGAGUGGAGGAGGCGUAGUAGAGUUAUUCGAACGUGGUUACGGUAAAGAUUCUGCAGGUAUUGCUAAAGAUGCCAUGAAUUAUGCUGCAGUGAAUCAAUUUGAUGUUGUCUUGAUUGAUACAGCGGGUCGUAUGCAAGACAAUGAACCUUUAAUGCGUGCGCUUUCUAAAUUGGUGUCAGUGAACCAACCUGACAAGAUUAUCUUUGUGGGUGAAGCUCUGGUGGGUAACGAAGCCGUGGAUCAACUCACGAAAUUUAACCAGGCACUCAAGGAUUUCUCGGGUCUUUCGAAUCCAAGACAUAUUGAUGGUAUGAUCUUGACCAAAUUUGAUACGAUUGAUGAUAAAGUGGGUGCAGCGUUAUCCAUGACCUAUAUUACGGGACAACCCAUUUAUUUCGUGGGUACAGGUCAAACUUAUACAGAUCUCAAGAAUCUCAAGGUCUCGCAUGUGGUGCAUAGUUUAUUAAAAAAGUAAUAAAGUAAUAUAAAUACUAAUACAUGU